AUGGGCAGGCUCAUCAAGAACCACUGGGGGCGACUCAUCAUCCUCACAGCCUCCGCAUUCCAAAUCGCGAGCGCCAUCGAGGGCUUCUUCUGGCCGAAAGUCUUCUGGGACUUCAUCUCAAAGAACCUGGACGCGGCCGUCGCCCCGAUCCCCAUCCUCCAAACCCUCAACUUAGUGAUGGGCCUCAUUGGUUUGGCCUGGGAGUGGCCCUUACGACCUUUGGCUGGGUCAUUUCCGCAUCGCAGCAUUGAGUUCCGACUGGUCGUAUACCCUCUGAGUGCUACUCUGGCGGCCCUGCUCUACCAAGGGACCGAUCCUGCACUAUAUUAUUUGAUUGGUAUCGGAGUUUAUUUUUGGGCCUAUAGUGAAGGCGAGAUUGUUUGUCCGGAACCUUGGACAUUACCCAAACGAUCGAAUUCACUGAAAGCAUAG